GACAUGGAGGUCACAGCUCUCUGCAUCAGACUACUAAUAAAUGUCCUGGUGCUUCUGGUUCUAGAAGAUCAACACUGUUACUGUGCUGAGAAAGCUGAUGCAGCUUCUCUUCGUAUUGAUGCAGCUUCUCUUCGUAUUGUCCCAAACAGACUCCAGCUCUUUGAAUAUGACUCUAUCUCCAUUGAAUGUGAGGGAUAUGGUGACUUCACCGAGUGGAGAGUGAUGAGGAGGAUCAUGGGAGUUGAAACUAUAUGUGCUACUCAGUUGGAGACAUCAAGGGCACCCUGCUUUAUCCAACAUAGCUUUUCAUCAGACAGUGGAGAAUACUGGUGUGAAGCUAAAGGAGGAGGCAGAAGCAACGCCAUCAACAUCACUGUUACUGCUGGUCCUGUGAUCCUGGAGAGUCCUGCUCUGCCUGUGAUGGAGGGAGACGCUGUGACUCUGCGCUGUAGAAGCAAAAUGACCUCCUCUGCUCUCAAAGCUGAUUUCUAUAAAGAUGACCUCCCCAUCGGCACCAGCUCCACAAGAGAGAUGACCAUCCAUGGCGUUUCUAAGUCUGACGAAGGACUUUACAAGUGCAGCAUCUCUGAGUUUGUGGAGUCACCAGAGAGCUGGGUAACUAUCAAAGCAGAUCACAGACUCGAGACUCGUCCCUCCUCAGAUCACUCUUGUCAUAUUUACCUCAUCCUAAGGACCGUUUUCACCAUUUUAAUGGUGGCUCUACUGCUGCUGCUGGUGGGACUACUUCACUGUGGGGAAGUCAGAGUUACACAGAAAUAAGCACUCAUAUGUGAGUGUAACUGUCAACCUGAACAAAACAAAAGAGUAACUGACUGAGAAUAAUGAAUGACUUUGGUCUUUCUAUCAGUCAAUGGCCUGUGUACUUGUUAUUUAACAGUUUUAUUUGGACUUUUCAGUAAAACUUUGAGCAACACAAACAAAUGUGGCAGCCUUCGUUAGAUUAAAUAGCUAGAAUAGGUUUCACAGUUCUGUUACCACUUGCGGUGGAUAUCAGACUUCGUCACAAGCAGAAAAGGUUGAAAGCCACAGAUGAACGUAUGACCUAUUUUGAAAAGGCGUGCGUGCUUUAUAUCUUGCUCUAUGUUUUGUUUUUAGCUGGUGAUAAUUCACACUUAGACGUAAACCACACACAAACUAUCAGACAUACGAGGCUGAUGGGCCCUUUACAAGUUUCCAUAGCAGCAACAAAACAUUUCUGUUAGUAGAGAAACUCAUCAUGUUUUUUGAGGAGUCAAUAUUAACAUAAACAAAAUAGAAAUGGAGAUCAGUUAUGGUUAAACAAGAUGAGUCAUGUCCCUCUCAGUGCAUACAAGACCCUCACUGGUCCUUUGGUGUGGUGUUUUAUUCAAUACAUUUACUGUACUUUACUGGGUUUUGUUUUUCAUUGUAUGAAGAAAUAAAGUCUUUAAGAAGUCAUUUGUAGAGUUAUUAUAAUCAUUAGUGAACAAUAUUUAUAAUACCCUUAGAGGUGUAAAGUGUCUUUAAGUAGAUAUAUGGUCUGAACAUCAUGAUAGAGGUUUAUUCAUUUAUUUCUUUACAAACAUUUUAAAAACGGCAACGAAUACAAAAAAAUAAUAUUAUAGAACAAUACAUUCAAAACAGGCAACAUUUUGCAACACGGUGGUCACAUCUGUUUGAGAAGGCUAUUAAAGAGGAGUUAUCAGUUGCUAUAAGCAACAUAGAUGUGGGUCAAUCAUCGAUUCACAUGGUAGAUCGCCAAAAGAAGGUAUAAAAGAAUACAACAGCGAUCUCUAGUGACCGUAGUUAGUAUGAGCACAUGUGUUCCGAAGAACAAAGAGCAUGCCAUCUUGUCUCUCUCUCUCUCUCUCUCUCUCUCUCUCUCUCUCUCUCUCUCUCUCU